AUGGCUUCAAAGGAAGACCGUAGCUCCCAUAGCUCGUCGCACCGACAUCGCGAUAGACAUGAUGAUUCACCUCGCCGCGACCGUGACAAUAGCCGAGAAAGACAAAGGCGGCGCGACCGACGAAGAUCUCGAACGCCGGACGACUCUUCUCGGAGACAUCGUAGCCGUGACAGGGACCGAGAAAGAAGACGUGAUAGAGAUCGGGACCGAAGUGGCGACCGUGAAAGAAGAUCUAGACGUUCCCCCGAAGAAAGAGAGAGCCGUCGGCGUCCACGGCACAAUCGCUCCGGCGAUGACGACUCUGAGCGCGACAGCCGCGCAUUAGCUCGGCGUCAGGAUGGCCCUCCUGUCAGAAGAUCGGGACCACUGCCCUCACAGGCAGAUUCUUUUGCGGGCACAGCACAGGGAGACGGCGACCCUGAGAAGCCCAAGGAGAAGCCUAAUAUGGGAAACACAGGCCGGCUAGCGGCCUUGUCCAACUCGGUUGCCCAGGCAGACGGCACGUCAAUCGUGCUCAAGUAUCACGAGCCGGGAGAAGCACGAAAACCACCGCCGAGUGAUCACUGGAAGCUUUUUGUAUUCAAAGGCGGAGAUAUCAUCGACACUAUAGGAUUGAGUGCAAGGAGCUGCUGGCUAAUAGGACGAGAGAUGGCUGUGGUUGACCUCCUCGCGGAGCAUCCGAGUCUCAGCAAACAGCACGCUGUCAUUCAGUUCCGCUACACCGAGAAACGAAAUGAAUAUGGCGACAAAAUCGGCAAAGUAAAGCCGUAUGUGAUUGAUUUAGAGAGCGCCAAUGGAACUAUCUUGAAUGACGAAAAGAUCCCUAGCAGUAGGUAUCUCGAGUUGAGGGACAAAGACAUGCUGCUGUUUGGGCACAGUACGCGAGAAUAUGUCAUCAUGCUGGCUCCAAAGGAUUAG